AUGAAAAACAAUAAAAAACAUAGAAUGAGAAAUAUAAAAAAUAGAAACAAACAGCUGGUUCGAAAUACCCAAAGAAAUUCUCUUCAUCCUAAAAGUGGAAUAUCUCAAGAAAAAUCACAAACAUCAUCCUGGAAACUAGAGAAAUAUUUUAGAUUUUUUCUUUGCUAUUUGCUUACUCAUGCAUUUGCAUUCUUGUACAUUCUUGCAAAUAAUCUAAUGAAAUUUCGGAGAUGGUAUUGCUCAGAGCAACCUAAGAUGACACCUUUUAAGAAGCUAACUAGAAUUGCACCAAAAAAGGAACUUGUUAACAUUAUAAAAUGCUAUUACUACUACUUCAUUACUUACGUGGUAUUUUUAUUGUACAUUUUCAUGCAAUAUAUAUUAAGAAUUAAACUACGUAUUUGUCCAGAACAACGAAGGAAGAUCAUUUGUAUUUGCGUAGAAUAUUGA